GCACGUUCCCCUGCCCCCCCUCAUCAAUAUAUAAAACCAAUCCUCUUAUUUCUCUCCAUCUCUCUCAAACAAAAGAAAGAAGAAAACAAUGGACUUGUACGGUUCCUUUUCCACCCCUUCAGAUUGCUUACACAUCGAUGAUUUUCUAGAUUUCUCCAACAUCACCACCACCACCACCGACACCCACCACCACUUUCCUCCGCCGCAAAACUCUCCAUCAAUCUCCCACGAUCCCAAUUUCUUCCUCAAUUUCCCUUCCGUUCCGAGCGACGAAGCAGUGGAGCUGGAGUGGCUCUCCCAGUUCGUGAACGACGAGGCGACGUCGUUUCACAACAUCCCACCACCCGCAUCCAUUGGAUCCCACACGACGCCGUUUCUUUCCAACAAUAACAGGAACGAUAAUAAUAACGAAUAUCCCAAAUCAUCAUCAUCUUCACCGGUGUUGGCGGGAAAAUCGAGAGCAAGAAGGGAAGGGUCGGUGACCGGCGACGGCGUGCGGCGCUGCAGCCACUGUGCGACGGAUAAGACCCCGCAGUGGCGCACGGGACCGUUGGGGCCGAAGACGCUCUGCAACGCGUGCGGCGUGCGGUUCAAGUCGGGUCGGCUCGUACCCGAAUACCGACCCGCCGCGAGCCCUACGUUCGUGAUGACUCAGCACUCGAACUCGCACCGCAAGGUUAUGGAGCUCCGUCGCCAGAAGGAGCUGCUCCGCCACCAGCAGCAAGAACAAUGCUACCGUCACACUCACCACGACUUCAAAGUCUGCUGACGUGUCUCUUGUCUGUCCUUACUUUUUUCUUUUUUUCUUCUUUUGAAUAAAUAAUCAAAUUCGACCAGUGAUGCACUAAUAAAUUGAUCUUUAAAAAUAAAGAAUUUAAAUGUAAUAAGUAUAAUGAAUUUAUCUUUGAAUUUUAUAUU